AAUUUUCUUAUACAACUAAUGAUUGGUUAAUUUACAGCCAAUAACAGACAAGUAAGAUAUUAUGAUCAAAAGUAUAUAAGCCGAGACUUUUGUUCAAACUAUCAUCAGUUAAUUUGAUCAACUAUUAAAUUUCUUUUUUUUGCUGGGCUGAUAACUCCUUCGUUUACAUUUUUAGUCAACUCAUCUCCUUCUUGGAUCUUCACUUUUCCAUUUCCAAAAUGAAUCAUUUUUCGAUUUUAGUGUUAUUAUUUACAUUUACUUCUACUCAUGCUGCUGACUCAAGGACAGUUGAUCUUAACGAAUUACUUGCUACUCCAGAUCCCGUAAGAUUGCCUCAAGUUUUCCCGAAUAAUAAUGGCCCAAUUGCUGCAGGUGAAUCAAUUUCCAAGCCUGAAUCAUUUUUUGACAAAUUAACAGCCCCAUUGUCUCUGUUAACUGGUGCCUUUCCAUGUCUUGGUCAAACAAGUUUAAAAGCUGGAAAAUGUAUGUCUUUCAAUGCUUGUGCCGCUGAUGGUGGUUUCGGUGAUGGUAAAGGGUUAUGUAUUGGUGAUGUAGUAUGCUGUGUUAAACCAAUCAAAUGUGGUGAAUUUUCCUUGUUAAAUAAUACCGUUCUCGCAAAUCCUGGAUUCCCUUCAGCAACAAAUCAAGCUGGAAAAUGUGGUGUCAAAUUGGUUAAACCUUUUGGAAUUUCUCACAUUAAGCUUUUGAUUGAAGAUAUGGAAUUGGCUCAACCCAAUGCUGAAACUGGUCGAUGCGAUGUUGAUUCUUUCUCUGUUGUCGGUGGUAUCUUGCCAACAUUCAAAUUGGGAAAAAUUUGCGGUCUCAACACUAAAACUCAUCUUUACAUUCCAACAGUCAUUGAAUUAACCGACAUAUUCAUCAACAUUGAAUUAGCUGAUAAUGGUGCUCUUGCUAGACGUUGGCUAAUCCGAGUUGAAAUGAUUGAUGCCAAGAGUCCUGAAAAACCACCAACUGGAUGCACUCAAUAUUUCCGUGAAUCCAUCUGGUCUAUUAACAAGUUUGAAUUUCGAUUUAGCCAAUAAUACUGGUCUUGGUAAUAUUGAUGAUCUUGAUUAUGGUAUAUGUAUUGAUGCACCUACUGGAUGUCAAGUUGAAUUUACUGAUCUUUUCUUUGAUCUUGGAGGCCGAGUUAAAAGUCAUGAUAGCGCUCUUUCAACUCUUUCAAACAAUAAAUUUUCACGUGGUUCCGAACUCGCACCCGCUCGUCAACCUCCAACAUAUAAACUAAAUUAUGGUGGUUUUAGACCUGCACUCAAAUACAAGCCAAGCAACAGAUUUAAUGGCCUUCUAAGACCUGCUUAUAGACCUGCUUUUAGACCAUCUUACCAACCAGCUUCACAAUCUCGACCAGUAUAUCACUUGCCUGCUUUAACAACCGCACAAAAGUAUCCAUUUUCACAAUUCCUUUAUAAGCUUCCAUACUCAUCAAUUGUGCCAACUAUCGGUGGAGCAAGACCAUGGGCUGUUCAUCCAAAUGGAUAUUUUGGUGCUUACAAUGCUCCCAUGCAAUCAAGUGUUGAAGCAUUAACUGAUUUUAAGAUUCAAAAUCUUGGAGGAGAAUCAGACAAGUUAGAUAAAUUGGAAAGUUUGAUUGCCGGUAAUAGUCCACAAGGUAUUUGCCAAGAUCAAGAUAUUUUGAUUUUUCCAACUCCCGCCGAUUUUACCAGUCCUGUUCAUUGUGGAAAUGAUCUUCAUUUUGGACAAAAAUUCGUCUCAUCUCCAUCACGUCUUACUUCAUUCAUGAUUGAAGUUAAAAAUACUGGUAAAGUCCAUGGUAAAGGAUUUGCCCUAAAAUACAAUAUGCUUUGCUAAAUUAGCAUUAUUCUCGUUUUAAAUUGAAAUUUUAAUUUUUUUAAAUUGCAUUGUUUUUAGUUUUCAUUGUUAUCAACCGUGCUUCAUAAAGCAUAGUUAUUUUUCGUCUGUUUUUCAUUGUACUAUAACAAUCUUUGUAAAUACAUCUUGGUAAAUCAAAAAUAAAUUUUCCAAAGGAGUUAAUCAAUUA